CAACGCCUCCCCUCUGGACGUUGAAAAAGAACGUCAUCUGCUUCAUACAUUUAACUUAGCUUUAGCCAACAUUAGCAUACAGUUUACGUUGCGUCCAAAUAAUUAUGUUUCCCGUAAACCGAUAGUUCGUCUGCAUUCACCUGACACUCCUUUCAAACAUGACUUUGAAAGCCCUACGCCGACGCGGAGACGGGUGGAGAGGGAAACUGAGUGGAUAGCUUUCAAUACGUGCUAGGUGGCUAGCGGCCGAUGGACGACAGAGGCUAAUGUUUCAAGAGCCCUAAGCCUAUCACAACAAGCCCGGCUCCUUAAACACAACCUGUCGCCGAAGUCACACGAACAAGGACUCGAAGACACCCCACAUCUUUAUCAGCAGCCGCGGGUCUCCGCAGCGCAGAGUCAUGGGUGCCUUCCUGGACAAGCCCAAAACGGAGAAGCACAAUGCCCACGGCGAAGGCAACGGCAUCCGCUACGGGCUGAGCUCCAUGCAGGGCUGGCGAGUGGAGAUGGAAGACGCCCACAGUGCCGCGCUGGGACUGGCCGUGCCCGGACUGAGCGACUGGUCCUUUUUUGCCGUCUACGACGGCCACGCGGGCUCCAGGGUGGCCAACUACUGCUCCAAGCACCUCCUGGAACACAUCAUCAGCGCCAGUUUCGGGGUGGUGGGGCAGCAGAGCUCGACGGACGCCUCGACGGGCACCUCGGAGAGCGCCUCCGACGCCCCUCCGGCCGAGUUCCCCCGUUCAGUGGAGGCAGUGAAGACAGGCAUCCGGGAGGGCUUCCUGAGGAUCGACGAGCACAUGCGCAGCUUCUCAGACCUGCGCAACGGCAUGGACCGGAGCGGCUCCACGGCCGUAGGUGUGCUCCUGUCACCCGAGCAUUUCUAUUUCAUGAACUGCGGCGAUUCACGAGCCGUCUUGUACCGCAAUUUCGAAGUGUGCUUCUCCACGCACGACCACAAGCCGUGCAACCCGCGCGAGCGGGAGCGUAUCCAGAACGCCGGCGGAUCUGUCAUGAUCCAGAGGGUGAAUGGGUCACUGGCUGUCUCCCGGGCCUUGGGGGACUAUGACUACAAGUGCGUGGUCGGCCGGGGCCCCACCGAGCAGCUGGUCAGCCCCGAGCCGGAGGUUGUCGAGAUGCUUCGGACACCCGAGCAGGAUCAGUUUGUCAUCCUGGCCUGCGACGGAAUCUGGGACGUCAUGUCCAACGAGGAGCUGUGCGAGUUUGUCAAAUCCCGCCUGGAAGUGUCCGACGACCUGGAGAGAGUUUGCAAUGAAGUGGUGGACACCUGUCUGCACAAGGGGAGCCGGGAUAACAUGAGCGUCGUCUUGGUGUGUUUGCCCAACACUCCCAAAGUGUCACCGGAAGCCGUGAGCAGAGACGCCGAGCUCAACCACUACCUGGAGUCCCGCGUGGAAGCGAUGCUGUCGGGGCCGGCCGACGAGGGCUUUCCCGACCUGGCGACGGUGAUGCGGAACCUGUCGGCUGACGGCGGCAUGCCGGCUCUGCCGCCAGGGGGAGGCCUUGCCAGCAAACAAAGCGUUAUCGAAGCGAUCUACAACAGUCUAAAUCCGUACAGAGAAGAAGAAGGGGUCAGUAUCCGCCGUGCUAUCCACGAAUUUGUGUCUUCAUCAUUUGACAAGUCCAAAUGACUGCUGCGGAGGGCGGCGCUGUGUUCACGAGUGUGUUUUUGCAAGUGUCCCGUUGUCGCUUGAAGCAGUUUGUUUGUUCAGCGCCUCCAUGAUUGUAAUGUCAUUGUUUCAGAAGACCUUUUCUUUGAUACUCAGGCUUUGAGCACGUUGCCGUAUUGGACUAAGUUCCCCGGUGUAUACUUACGGGCAACGUGUCACUCUUUGGACCGCUAACCAGGUCAAAAUACUGAAUUUGCACCCUCUUCCCCUUGCCACAUUAAACUUAAGGACUUCUAAAUGUUAUGGUCCACAAUUUUGCCCUUCUGACACGUUUUGUUUGUUUCUGCAUAACCAAUAUAAUACUUUUGUCAAUCCAUUUCAAAUGUGAAAGACAUGAAACGGGCCACGUGCGCAGAUGCCCGAGUUGGGUUUCCGUAGCGUCACAAAUGUCAACAGUGUGCAGUGGCAGCACACGAAACACAAUAAAUAAAUAAAUUGAUAGAAGUAUUUGAAGUUGGUCUAGGCUGACCCAUCCCGGUUGAUUGACGUGUGGAUUACCUCCACGGAAAAAUCAAAUGCAAAUUGGCGCUUGAAGUUGCUGUGCACGUGAAGCCAUAGCAGGAUGGAAAACGCGUGUCUAACUGUCUUCACCCUCUGAUUAACGCAGCCCUCCUGUUUCAUUUGGUAAGUGAUGACCUAAAUAAUCGCACCGCCCGGCCCUCGACUUCCUCUUUUCCCGCCACUUGCUCUCACCUCUACGCAUACGACCUCACGUAGUCUCGCAGGCAUGUCGAAGGGCCGACCCACCUUUUCUGUCCACCUCCCCUCCGCGUCCACUCGACGCUAGCAUGCGGAGGCGCGCUUUGUGUGCCGACAAUGGACUGACCCCUUUAUGUCAAACAUGCAUGCACCUACCAGACACCCCCCCCCCCCCGCCCUUAUGGCAGCCUCUUCUUCAACCGCACGCAACAGCAGCAGUAGUUGCUGUCCGUCACUUCCUGUCAACAAGUCCUUCAAGUUCUUGCGCAGCCCUGAGAGAAUAGAAAUUGUGUCCCGCUUGCUUUCACUUUUAUUUUGUGUUCAGGGUGCUCACUGGAAGCGUCUUUACAUUAUAACCACUUUCUCUUUUCCUCCCUCUGUCCAUAAUGUGACCCCGUCCUGUCCUCCUCCUCCUCCUCCUCCUUCUUCUCUCUUGGCGGGAUGACUGUCCUCCCUUCAGAGCGGUGCCAACUUGGAGUGUCACUGGUAGAAGUUCCUGAUCUGCCUGGAGGACUUAAAACAGACACUCUUACUAAAAAAAGAUCCAGGAUUGAAACUUUCUUUUUUUUUCCCCUCCAUCUUCUAUUUCUUUACAUUUUCCUCCACUGAGAAUUCACUCGUGGUUGAAAUUGGGAAGAUUAUGAUGGAGGCAAAAAGAAAGCGCACUUGUUUUGUGCUGCGUAACUGCCUCGCUCUUCCCUUCCCCCAUUUCUCAAGGACCAUAAAAGACGAGAGAACCUCACAUGUUGCUCAACCAUUUCCAAUGCUUCCGAGUUCUCCCGACUCGUCUGAUGCUCUCCACUUGCUUGAAACACUCAACGUCGUUUUGCCUCAAAGCCACUUCAUCAUUUUUUUCUUGUUUUGCCGCGAUGUCCAAAGAUCGCCACACCUGAACACCUCAAAGCCUCCUCCUCCGCAGUCCCUUUUGGGCAGCUGUGUUUGAAAUGCUGCCGAAUCCUUUUUUUUUUUUUUUUUUUUUUGCACGCGCUUCCUCAACUUGCCACUUGGUUGAUCGUCAUUGGACCCAACUCGCUUUGUUGCCAUAUGUAGAAAAACUGUCCAGAAUAAUUUAUAUCUGAAUAAUAUACAGAGAUAUUUAUAUUUUCAGUUGCUUUUUCUUCAAACCCAGUCUUGUGCCCGAAUCUGACCUGUGCGGGAGUGUGAUCUGUCUUUGCCCAUACGUCGUGCUGCACUAGUUGUGUGGUGGAACACAAACGCACAAGGCCGUGCUCAGUAUUCCAAAACCAUAAUGUUCCAAAGAGUGUGUGUGUGUGUGUGUGUGUGUGUGUGUGUUUGUCUGUCGAAAAGGGAGAUCCAGUCUCACCUUUUUGACACACACUGGAUCCCAUUUGUGCUGCCACUUCCCUUUUGUGAUUUGUUAAAUCAAUAAACAAACAAUUAGUUGAACAUGA